GUUUGAUCGUCGCACAAGGAGGAAACGUGUAUGGACGACAUUGUAGGCGUUUGUGAAGAGCAAUCAUGUAUAGAAGACUACUGUUGUCAGUCUAUCAGGCUAGAAAUCGUGCAUUACAUGUGUACAUCCGUGAGGCAUGUUUAAGGUCGUCGAAAUGUGACAUAGUGUUACUCCCCAUUUACAGGUAAGUUCUUAUAUCAGCCUCUACAAGGUUGUCUGAUGACAACUUCACAAUCAAGCUACAGUAGCUAACGUUAGCUAGCUAGCUAACCAACCUUCGAGAGCCGUAUAGCUAAUUAGGCUACAACCUAGUGAUGGGAAACCGAGGCUUUCUGAAGGCUUCGGCGCAUUCACCAAAUUGUGCCGAAAAACUGUUCAUUACUCGGAGCGUCAUUCUGUUCACAAUGGACAUUAGUGACAUCUGGUGGUCAACAAAUAGCAGGGUGUGAUUAUGAGAAGGUUUUUUUUCUCCACUGUUUUCAUCAGAACUCCGUGGCGCAACGAUACAUCGUUGGCUUUGUUAACCUAACUAAUCCGUUGGAAUACCAGGUUUGCAUUUUACAUCAUGAAUCCCUUUUUUGCCUUCAAGUUAACUAUUAUUCAAAAACGGAAUCUAUGGCGUUAUUUAGGAUGCUUAAGACAAGCUUAUACUAUACUAAAUAAAACAAAUUAUUUGAACAACAGUGCAGAAAGUGGUUUCACAAAAUAAUUAUCAAAAUGGUGUGUCUUAAACGGGAAUCGACCUCAUACCCUCACGUCCCUGAAUGUUCCCUACAAUACAUGUUAAGCUACCGUUUAGGUGGAACUUGAUGUACAAAACCCGAGCUGUAAGUAUGGUGUCCAGUAGAGGUCGGUGUUUGAAAGCAGCUUGGAAUCGAAAAAAGCACCUGAACCAUGGUGAAAAAAGUGCCAUCUCGCGUUUUGUAACAUACAUUUUGAAAAAGCACGUGAUCAAACAAAGCUUCUGAAGUCAUUGACAUUUCUGAUAAAGUGAUACAUGCUUCAGCACACUGCUUCGAAGUUAGCUGCUUAAUGAUGGAUGAGCUCUGGUAUCAAAGGUAACAUCACUAUUACAAGCUAUACUUACUAUGGCAAUGACCAACAAAGGGCCGGUCCUGGCAGUUCUGCUGCCCUAGGCCAGACAAAAAAAUUGCCACCCCUACAAGAAUAGUCCAAGUAAGCAGAAUUAUGUCUAAAAUACGUAUUUUCCAGAUGUUGAAGUUAGGUUCAAUUUAGGUUCUGAAUUAAAGGUGAAAAUACGUAAUUCAUAGACAUCUAUGUUUGGGCCAAAUCAAGGCUGGUCCAGACUGGACAAAAUCUGAACCAAACAUAGACGUCUGAACCAAAAACCAAUGUCCGUGGUCGUGGAAAUCAAGGCCGGUCUGGACUGCACCAAAAAAAGAAGUCCGGACAGGACCAAAAAAGUAUGUCCAAACGGCAUUAGCGUCAGUCCGUGCUUACUGAGUUAUAGCCUACAGCAGGGAUGAACUAAUUAAAUUUCAGGCAACACUGUAGGCCAGGGAUGGGCAACUCCAGUCCUCGGGGGACAGAGUGGUGUCACACUUUUUCCCCAUCCUUAGUCAAUACAGCUGAUGAAACUAAUUGCAUUCUGAACAGAAGAUCAGGUGAUUAUUGGAGUCAGAUGUGUUAGCUGGGGCAAAAGUGCGACACCAAUCAGGCCCCAGAGGCCUGGAGUUGCCCAUCCCUGGCCUACCAUGUCAGCCAACAAUGGAAUUUUAUGAAUGCCCAUUCAGUUGGUAGGAGCCCACCGAUUGUAAAACAGGCCUUUGCAUUGGCUCUAUUCGUCCUGAUUCCUGUGACUAAUCAAUGUGGCUAUUUAAGCUCUGAAAAUCAGCUAUCCAACUUUAUCAGGAGGAGUUAUCCUGAGCCUAUUUGCAAUGUGUUUACACAGCACGUAAAAAAUUGACUGAUACAAACUUGAAACCACUGAUCUUGACAAUUUAGCACAUGGGAUGAAACUCCUGGACAUCAGUUGUGAGUAGCCUGAUUGUCCAUUCCAUAUUGUAUAUUUUACUUUGACCUGGACUGUUUUUAGGAUAUGUUGUUUUUGAACAUGUCAGUGCAUUUUUUUGGGUGCCAAUCAAAUAAAAAAUGCGCUGAUCUGAGAAACCUGCAUGAUGUAAAAAGUUUCUGUCUCAUUAGAUUGUCAUACAUUUUAUCUCCAGCCUGUAGGCUACAGAAAAGGCCAUAUACUCUUUCUACCAUAUGCUAUAUCUGCUACAGGAUUUAUGUAAAAUGUUUUGACGGAAUGUUGGUGGAGCGCCGCAGCGAUGCGUCUCGCCAACAGCACCCUGGAGAGGCGCGCUGGGACUGGACAAGAGAAAUAUUUUGCGUCCCUGCUUUUGACAAAGUGGGCACUGCUUAUCAUAGGGUGGUAUCAGCGCUCACCUAAAAAGCCCAUAUGCCACUGGUUGAGAGAAAUUGCCAUUGUUUUUGGGCAGAAAUAUGUGAGGUUUUAUGUGAUGUUGUUGGAGGACUUGGUCAGUUUAGCUCUGAAAAUGCCGCCCUCGUCAAUCUGCCCCUAAUGAGCGGGCUGGCCCUGGACCAACAUCUCAUCUUUAUCUACAAUAAAGAUCUAAUCUAUUCUCACUUUGCAGCCAUGUAGCAAACUAUCAUAAGUACAUACUUUUUCAGUACUAGUGCAGCACAAUGUCUUUGAGGGCCACUGUGUCUUGCAAGGUAUUAUAAUAUUUUGAUUUAAUGUUUCUUGUGCUUACUCUCUCUCUCCCUCACCCAGAGCGACGAAUGGAGGGGUCUUCAAUGCGUUUGGCACAAGCUCUGCCACCUACUGUGGAAAAAAAGAGGGGCCACUCCCUCCCAAGGAAGAAAAUAGUACAGUGAAGGAUGGUGAGCAGAAGGAAGCAAUAAAGAUGGUUGGAGAGAAGGUCAUAGAGCUACAAGAUUGUGUAAAAAUGGUGGCAGAACAGCGUGAGCAGAGAGUAGGGGUGAAGAUGGAAGCAGUAAAGGAGAGCGAGAAAAUUGAAGAAAUUCUUAUACAAACAGAAGAGGUUGAGCCAAGGCUAGAGGCAAAGAUGGAUGGUGGAACAGAGAGCGUCAAAAUUAAUGAAAUCCACAUGAAAACAGAAGAGGUUGAGCAAAAACUACAAUCAAAGAUGGAGGCAGCUAAGGAGAGUGAGAAAAUUGAAGAAAUAAUCCAGAUUAAAACAGAAGAGGUUGAGCCAAUUCUGGAGGCAAAGAUGGAGGCUGUAAAGGAGAGCAAAAUAAUUGAGGAAAUUCCAGUUAAUAUGGAGGCAGCCAAGGAUAGCGAGAAAAUGGAAGAAAUCCAGACUAAAACAGAACCUGUGCCCAUUCCAGAAGUAAAGAUGGAGGGAGUAAAGGAGAGUGAGGAAAUGGAAGAAAUCAUGAUAGCCAGUAAAACAGAAGAGCAAAAGCUAGAAGUAACAAUGGAGGUAGUAAAAGAGGGUGAAACAAUUGUAGAGGUCCACGUUAAAACAGAGGUUAUAGAAGGAAAGAAAGAGGGAGACAAGGUAAUAGAGGAGCAGACGUUAGAGGUCAAUAAAGAGGAACAACAGACAGAAGUCCCGCCUAAGGAGGAAAUUCAGCCUGUGAAGAGUGGGAAGGAGAAUCUGCUGGACCUCCUGGGGGCCAUGAAGGUAGAGGUGACCAACAAGAGGAAGUUUAAGGCCUUGAAGGUGCAGAGGAUCUCUGAGCCUGCUGCCAGGCCCAAGCCAGAAGCUAUGGAGAGCACCACCAGUAUGUUCCAGGAGGCCACUGGCAUGGCUGACGCACAUGCCCCAAGGUGAGGAGACUGGUGCCGUGUCUACUCGUCAUUUUGGUGUUUCCUAUCUUCUGCUGAGAUUCAACUGCUUCUAUUGUGGCCAUAUAUCUAGUCUCGCACUUCCACCUUCCACCAAAUUCACCCUUUUGUGUGUGUCCGCAUGUGUGCGCAGUGAGACACUGAGCCUUGAGCUGGUUGCUGCUGUCUCGGCUGCUGCAUCUACUCUACCUAACCAGAGCCAGGCUGAGUCAGAGCUGCUGAAGAAGCUGAGGCAACAUGAGGCUGUCGGAGAGGCACAGAAGAACGGGGACGUCAACAACAUUGGGUAAGUGUCUUCUCAUUUACUCUUACUAGCACUGAUUUUUCACCUGGCAGCUGUUUUUGAAGAAGGUUUUAACUUGCAUGUGAUUGUAGUUGUUUUACUUGCUUCAGUUGAAUGCACUGCAUUGCAGGUUGCUCUAGAUAAGUUUACUAAAGGACUCAAAUGUAAAUGUAAUUUAUGAGUUUUAUUCCCCGGCUGUAGAGGUCCAUAGUGUAAUCUAAUAGCCGUGAAACAAGCAGAUAUGCAAUCUAAUUAAGAUAUCAUUGUUUCAGGUUUAUCAUUGCUGACAUGAAGGUGGGGAAGAGGCCCAAUGGCAGGCAGAACGCACGGCCAGCCAAUCAGAUCCGCUUUGAUGAAGAUGGGCGGGGCUACACCCAUGACCGAGGCAUCACUGCAGAGCUGGAUGGUGGAUUACGGAGGAGGUCAGGAUAAUGCCCUAGACAUAGCUAGGACUACAGUGCUGAAGUAAAAAUGUCCCGUCUUCAUUCAUAAGUAAAUGUCUCACGUUCAACUAGUUCACAUUAGAAAUAACUGUUGUCUAAUCCAAAAACCUUCCUUACCCCAGGACAGUACAACGGGUAACUAUCCAGGAAAAUAAAGAGGAGCACUCUGUUGCUGCAUAGAGAUGAUUAUUUAUUGACGAGACAAAUAAGCAGGCUUACGUUUCGGCGUAAUCGCCUUCAUCAGAGCCUUGUGUAAUGCUUUCAUGUGUUAUCCUAUGGCUUCUGCAUUUUUUAAAAUUGUACAAUAACCCAAAAUAAAUAAAAAUCAGUCAAACUAUUCCAAUAAUAUUCCGGCACAUCCAGGAAGUCUUUUAGUGUGGGAGGUCCCCUGUAGCUCAGUUGGUAGAGCAUGGCGCUUGCAACGCCAGGGUUGUGGGUUCGUUUCCCAUGGGGGGCCAGUAUGAAAAUGUAUGCACUCACUAACUGUGUCGCUCUGGAUAAGAGCGUCUGCUAAAUGAAUAAAAUGAUAUGUCAUGUAUUUACUAGUGUUUGAUUGAACUUGACCUUUUUCUUUGAACCUGUGGUUGUCAGGAGAAGUCUAUUUUCGGGGAAAAGGCUGAACAUCUUCACCCCGAGCACUGAACCGGAAGCAGACACAGACAUAGCUGCUCCGACCCUAUGGGACAUGGAGUUAGCCAAUCAAGUGGCCCUGUCAACCAAUCAAAUGCCUCGUAAUGGCUUUGAGGAGAUGAUCCAGUGGACCAAAGAGGGCAGGCUGUGGCAGUAUCCAAUCAACAACGAGGCUGGUGAGUUCCUGAUGGGAGUUUUUCCUCGCCACUGUACUUUUGCUCGCUCUUUGGAGUCUAGGCCAGGUUACUGUAAAGCACAGAAUACUGUUGAUAUAAAGAAAGGCUUUAUAAAUGGGAUCGAUUUGAUUGAAGGAGAGACUGAGAAAAAAGACAGUUGGGGCAUGAUUCGACAAGUGUUUGGUUUUCUUCUCUGACCCCAAACCCCUUUUCUCCCACCUGUGACUCAGGUCUUGAGGAGGAGGCCCUGGUGCCCUUCCAUGAGCACGUGUUCCUGGAGAAACACCUGGAGGAAGGCUUCCCGCGCCAGGGACCUGUCAGACACUUCAUGGAGCUGGUGGUCUCGGGCCUGGCUAAGAACCCCUACUACACAGUACAGCAGAAGAGAGAACACAUAGCCUGGUUCAGGGACUACUUUCAGCAGAAAGAGGAGGUCCUCAAGGAGGCUGAGGUUUACCUCAACUGAACUGUGAUGGUAAAAUUGAAGAGAAACGCUUAUCUUUGUAAGUAAUUUAUGAUCACACAAAUGCUAACGUGGGAUUUAAGGGUUGUAGACUCCUAUGGCGUGACACAGCCUUGUCUCAGGGCUAGGGGUGAUCCGUUUACUAAAACAAUAAUGACAGAAAGGCACACCCUGCUCCUGAAAUCUCAAACUGUCACUCAGAGAUUGGAUGGUAUUUUCCCAUGAGAGAACCAAUGUAGAUGGUUAACAGAGAACCUGUUAUCGCCCUUAAUCGGAUACAACAUGUAUUGUUUUGGUUGUUCAGAGACUCUGUUAACUAUACACACCGUGCCCGUUUCUCUACCUUGACAAUUCCGCUGUUGGUGUCUGAUCAAGGAAAAGUGUAUAGCAAACACGUUGUGUGCUUGUGAUGGAUCUGUCCUCGUGCUGUGUACUUUGCGUGCAAUUUAAAGAGUAACUAUUACAUACAUUUAAUUGACACAUUGAACUCGGCACUCUGCAAGAUUUAGCUUCAAAAUAGCUAUCGUUAUUGAAUUAUUGAAAUAAACACUGUUUUUCAAAGUCUUGUUUAAUGCUAGGAUUUCUUAAAGACAGGUGUUUGUGUUCCUGUGAAAUUCUCAGAAAACAUUAUUGCCCAGUCAAUAAAAAAGUAUUCUGCCCUGUCUGCAUCUUUACUGUAUACAUAAAAAGGGGUCUAUGUUUUGGCCUUAGUAACCUCACUGUAAGCCAAACAGGAUAGAGAGAGAGAAUGUUUUGUUGAAUGUAUGUAAUAGAAAGGCCUUAAGGUUAAGAGAAUAAAAACAUUCUCCUUACAAUUGUUGUG